AUGAUGAAGAAUAUGGUUAGUUACCCAAAGGGGGGGGACAGACUUCACCACAAGAAGGAAGAAGAACGAGGGAGAGACAGUAACAAAAAAGAAAAUGCAGAAACGGAGCAACAAAGCAUUCAAACGUAUUACGACCUGUACAACCUUAUCAAGUAUCACAACAUAGAUAGAGGCCGAAGGAGGAAUGAACUAAUUCAUUUUUGCAAAGAGGUAAAAUUAAAGAAGGCGUCCAAGGGAGACCGACACAAUGGUGAUAUGAUGAAUGGAGAGCAAAGUAGGAGAGAAAUUCACUCUCCGUUUAGACAUCAUCGAGUGGAUCAUCGAAACGGUGAAAAGGAAGACCCAUUGGAAAAUAUCUUAAGCCUCGAAUGGAAGGACGACGACUCUUCGAACUACAUCCUCCAGUGUUGCAAUGAUCAGUUACUGAACAAGCAAGUAAAAAUACACCACACGGAUUUCAUCGAAAUCGAGGACAUAUUUGAUGAGAGAAAAUUAAGUUAUGUAAAAAAUAAAAAAUUUUGUUUUUACAAUAAUGGGGAAAUGAAUAAGUUAUGCAGAGUCAAGCAGGGGAGGAAGGUGGACUCUCGGCGGACCACGCAAGGGAGUCAUGUGAACUGUGGAAAUAGAGCGCAGGUGAAGAGUCUCAACAGUGUAGAGGUGGAGGAGGAAGAAGCGCGAGAGGGUAGUCCGCCCCACCGAAAUGGGAAACUCGACCAGGGGGAACCCAACCAGGGGAGCAUCACAGGGGAGAGCCCCAUCGGGGACCCCCUCCUGGAGGACUCGCAUGAACGGAGAGGUGAUCGCUUUGCGGAGGUGCAAAUGGAAGACAUAGACCUGCCGGAUGGCCUCGGGGGGCCGAGUAAAGUAACUCCUUCCCACGGUUGGAAAGAACCCACCCCGGGAGGAAAGAACACAAAUGAGCGGAUCGACCAGAUCGACCAGACCGACCAGACCGACGCGAUCUACCCGAUCGACCCGGUCGACCCGGUCGAGGUGGACAUUGACAGAGAGUUCUCCUUUGGCGAAGGGGAUGACGAGUUUGAAAAUGAACAGGGAAGUAGGCCCCCCAAUGUGGAGGGCGAUGCGAACGAGGAGGAUAGCUUCCUGUCCGAUCUCUGCUUGGGGGAAAACGACGAUACAAAAGGGGGAGAUGCAGACCAGGGUGAAGAAGCGGAUCGGGGUGAAGACGCAGAUCAGGGUGAAGAAGCGAAUCGGGGUGAAGACGCAGAUCAGGGUGAGGAAGCGGGAGAGGGCUACGACAUCGACUGCGAGUUCGAAGACGUGGAAGUGAAGGAGGCGCUUGACGGAGGGCAAGAUGCGGACAGCUUGAUGAGUUUGUUGGCGGAGGAGAUGGUGGUGGGGAGCGAAGCCCCAGGAGGGGGAGAGGUGGAAUUUGAAGGGGAUGGUCUGAUAGGGGAGUUUGAAGGGGAUGGAUUGGCGGAAGAGUUUGAAGAGGGUGGAUUGGCGGAAGAGUUUGAAGAGGGUGGAUUGGCGGAAGAGUUUGAAGAGGGUGGAUUGGCGGAAGAGUUUGAAGAGGGUGGAUUGGCGGAAGAGUUUGAAGAGGGUGGAUUGACGGGAGAGCUUCAAGGGGAUGAUCUGAUUGGAGAGCUUCAAGGGGAUGCGUCACCAGGGGAGGGCGCAGAGUCAAAGUUGAAUCACCACGAUUGCGACUCGGGGAGUGCUGCAAAAGUAAGCGACCUGUUUGACGACAUAGAGGCGGAGGAAAUCGGGGCGGAUGCAGAAAGGGAGGAGGACUCGCUGUUACGCGAGCUGGACGGAGUGGAGCAUGGGGAGGAGGACUGGCUAUUGCGCGAGCUGGACGGAGUGGAGCAUGGGGAGGAGGACUCGCUAUUGCGCGAGCUGGACGGAGUGGACCAUGGGGAGGAAGACGACGAAACGGAGAAGCAUGAUGAGGCCGCAUCGUGGCAAGCUUCAUCGUGGCAGGCCCCAUCGAGGCAGGGGCAGCAGGACGGAGAGGAAGACGCCCCCCUGCACAUGAACGUGGAACAAGACUUUAUCAAGGACCUGGGACUAACCAAGGAAAGAGAAAACGUCACGUACAACGUGAUGAUGUACCCAUAUGAGCAUCUAGCGGGUGGAGUGAAUGGAAUGAACUACGCAGGGGUGCAGCAGAACGUCUCUUCUUGGAAAAACAAAUCGAAAGGGGAGAGUUACGACUUUUUUAAAAAUAUAUACCGCGAUUAUUUUAAUCAGUCGUGUCAGGCGCACCAGUCGUAUCAGCCGAAUCGGCCGCACCAGUCGUAUCAGCCGGGUGACGAGGAGCUGCACCUCUUCGGUGCAGACAUCACGAAGAACGCCUACCUCUACAUGCUUGAAAAUUACGCCAACAUGUACAAAUAUAGCCACGUGAAUGUCUUGUCCCCCCUGAGUUGUAAAGACUACACGGAUUACGUUUUUAAGGAUAGACGAAUGGAGAGUGAGUUAAUAUAUGAUGAGCAGAUUAUCGACGAAGUUUUUAGAAUCCAUGAAGGGGGUCGUGAGGAAAUGUCCAAGUGGGGGGGGACAACACUUCGUCACGGUACAGGUCUAGCUACACAUGUCGAACGGUCCAUUUAUAGAAAGGGAAAGGAAUUCGAAUUCGACAUCCAACGUGACUUCAUCAUAAGGGGAGUGACGGGACCUACCAACCAAGAGAGCAGUGGGUACCCCUCGGCAAUGCUGCCAAAUGGCACUCACAGAGAAGGCAUGAUGAUGCAACUCUACAAACGAAACCACAGCAACGACCAUGGGUACACCUCCUUCAUGAGGAAGACGAACGAAAUGUUUUACCUGCACAUGGGGAGACACCCGUUUGGUUGGAACUGCGCAGGUGCUGAGGCAGGUCCUCUAGCUGGUCCUGUAGCUGCCCCUCUAGCUGGUCCUGUAGCUUCCCCUCUAGCUGCUCCCCUAGCUGCUCCCUCUCCUGGGCCCCACAUCUGCCUUGACAAUUUCACCAGCGUAUGGGAUCACUUGCUUUCGAAGAGGAAGCACUUGGAAGGAAGAGAAAAAAACUGCAUCUUACAAGAAAUAAAUAAAAAGCUAGCUAGCCAAAUACAAAGGAACGAACAAAUUGCAUAUCUUUUGAAAAAUUAUUUUCUGAGGAAACCCCCUACGUCGGAUAUGUUGCUCAGCUCACUCAUUUGUUCACCUGAUGAGUUUAAGCACGUGUUCAAUCAGCAGUACGACUUCUCCCUUUUGGAGACUCCCGCGAAUGAUACCUCGGAGGGGCAGAAUAUUACGUCCGUCUCUCUUAAUCACAUUGGUGGUGCGUUGUACCCCCUUGUGCAGAAGAGGCAGACGAUUGACUCGCUGGAUGCCCCCUUCGGACUGACCACCUUCACCACAACACAUCCACCAACUAAUUUAAGUGAACAGACCAACAUCUUCAUCCAAAAUAAGGAACGCAGACUUGAGUGCAUAGAAACCAUUUUGAGUAAAAGUAAAAACAUUUUUUUUUUCACUAAUCUGAAGCUAGACAGCUGUUACAGGAAGAGGAACCCCCACGAAAUAGAGAGUCAGCGGGUCUCCCUCAGCACUGUGUAUGUACACACACGUAUGGCCAAUGCCUAUUUUUAUAAUUACGAGUUAUCGAACAAGAAGGGGGUGAUCGCUUUUUCUCGCUUCCACAAAUUGGAUUUUAGGACAUCCAUCGGGAGACACUCCUUUGUCGACCCUAGGGAGGACGAGCAGUUGGAGCAGUUGGGGCAGUCGGGGCAGUUGCAGCAGCCGGGGAAGUUGUUCCAACCGAAUCAGCUGGAACAACCGGAGGGGGUGAAGCUGGGCGCGCUCAGGUGGAACUUCCUCAGGGCGGCCAUACGCAGGGGAGGCGUUCUAGGAGACGCCUUUUUUGACUCACCAAGUAGGGAAUCGGCGGAGGAAGUGACCCCCGGGGUAGAAGUGCCCCGCGCGGUAGAAGUGGCCCCCGGGGUAGAAGUAACCCCCGCGGUUGAAGUGGCCGGCGCGGUUGAAGUGGUGGCCCCCGCGGUUGAGGUGGCCGGGCGCCAGACCGGCGCCAAGCUGACGCUGAAGCUGAACACGAAGAGCAUACUCCCGCCAAGGAGUCGAAGCCACGCAGAGCAACAACUAGACCUCCUUGCGAACAUACUUCAGGAUCCGGAUUUCAAACUCAGUAGUACCUACAAAAUGGAUAGAUGGGAAGUACAAAACAGUUGCGAAAAAUUACCUAUGCUUAACUAUAAUGAAGAAAUGAAAAAGGAAAACCCGGCCUUUUUCUUUUAUGACACCUCAUGCUUACAUCUGUGUGAUGACAGUCCCGUUGUGAUUCUUGAAUAUAUUGAGAAAGAUCCGAUGGUACUUCCCAAAAUUGGCAUGAACAGUAAACUGAAACACUACUUUAUGUGUAGGAAUGAAAAAAAAUUGUAUUCUUUUGAGUUUAAGAGAAAAAUGAAGAGAGACAUGGAACCCUUCGGGGAGAUCAACGUCGUGAACCAACCCAUAAGCUACUUUGGCGUCACCGUUCGGACGAAGAAGGCGAGUCAGAAGCUCAGUUUCCUCGAGAAUGAGCUAUUCAAGGCGUUCCUAUUCACACCGCCCGUGUACCGCGCGGGAGGAGCGGCAGGCCUGCCAGAGGGGGCGGGAGAGGAGGCGGGAGAAGAGGCGGGAGAAGAGGCUGGCGGAGUGGCGGGGGAAGUGCCUAGCGAAGUGCCUGGCGAAGUGCCUAACCGCGUGGACAACGGUCUUACCGCCAACAGGGGUACCCUACCACCGCCAAACGAAACGGGCGUAGGCAACUCCGCGCAGAACCUUAUCCAGGGAAACCUCUUUUACGACACGGACUUCCUCCUCAUAAGGAACACGUGUGCAGGUUCUCGAAGCAGAGUUUUUUUGAAGCCACUCCAUGUGGAUCGCAACUUGUACAAGGCGGUCGCGAAGGAGAAGAGAGAGGCGACCCCGGGGGAGGUGCCCCCCAUAAGCAGAUGCGCUGGUGAUGGUUACAGCGGCUGGGGGGGGGCCGAAGAAGGGAUUCCGGGGCGCCCGCCCGUAGGGGAGGAGGGUGAAGAGGAAGGAGCGGCACAUGGAGAUGCUCUCCACAACGCAGGCGAAGCGGUGCUCCGAGACGAUGCCAACCAGGGAGACUACUCCGCCUCCCCACCGCCCCACAACUGUGUGUUUUACAACGUGGGCUUCCUCGACUUGCAAGUAGACAUGACGAACCCGUCGUUUAAAAAGUACAUUACGGAAAAGAGGAACUAUGUUCGAAGCUGGCUCAUAAAGUUAAUCCAAAAAUACAAAAUAAAGGAUACAAAAAAAAUUAAAGAAUUGUUAAAGGUAAAAUUAAGUAGCUUUAUUAACGAAAAGGACAUGAACGCUGUUGUUAAGUCCCUCGAUUUUAGUGCCCUCUUAAGUAAUAACUACCUAAAUGAAGAACAAAACAAAAAUAUUUUCAAGCUAAAAAAUGUAUGCACAAUUGAGUGUACAUACCACUACCUACAGUUACUCAAGUACGAAGGAAUUAAUUUUAAUAAAAUGACACAAGAGGAAAAUAAACUCGACAAACUUAUUUGCAUUCUCAAAAUAGAAAGACAGAGAGCGAAACAUAAUAUAGAGAAUAUGAAAAAAAAAAUGAAAAUGACAUACAAAAGGUACUGUUAUAAGAAGGAAGCAAAGACAAUCAGUUUCCAAUUAAAAAAGAAACAGAUUCAAAUUAGAGUAAUAAAGAAUUACAGCUAUGUAGGAUCCCAUUUUUAUGAUAGACAUAUGCUGAAUUAUUUGCUCUAUAUCAAGUACCUUAUUUCUUGUUCCCCUUGGAAUAUCCUAAAAGAUUUCAGCUGUGCACCAUCGCAGGUGUCCAAGCAGGGAGACGACGGUGUCGCGGGAGCAGAGGGAGGGGGAGGAGGAGGAGGAGGAGAAGGAGAAGGAGGAAGAAGAAGAAGAGGUGGAAGAGUCGUAGGGGGAAGCGUCGUAGGGGGAAGCGUCGUAGGGGGAAGCGUCGUAGGAGGGAGAGUCGAAGGAGGGAGAGUCGAAGGAGGACGACGAAGGCAAAGAAGGAGAAGGAAAAGACUCGAAAUGAAAAUGAAGAAGAAAGAAAAAAAUAAAAAUAAAAUGAAGGCCAAAAUGAAGGCCAUAAUGAAGACCAAAAUGAAGGCCAAAAUGGAGGCCAAAAUGGAGGCCAAAAUGAAGAGGAAGAGGAGGAGGGGCAGAAAGAGAGACAGACCCUUGGAGGAUCACCCGUUCACGUCGGACGAACAGGAAGAGGAGGAGGAGGAGGAGGAAGAAGAAGAAGAAGAAGAAGAAGAAGGAGAAGGAGAAGAAGAAAGAGAAGAAGAAGCAGAAGAAGAAGGAGAAGAAGGAGAGGAUGAACCCACCAGGGAAGAAGACGUCUCAAGUGAAGGGGACCCAUAUGGAGACCAAACGAGGGGCAAGAAAAAGACCCAGUCGAGCAGAAGGGAGGAUCAGUCGGAGGACUCCACUGUGGAAGGCGCACAUCGGGAGGUGGACGACGACGAUGAUGAUGAGGGGCAACAGCCGCAGAAGCGGACGAGGCGACGGCGCAGAGGUGCGGGAAGAAGGAGAGCGCCCGAUGAAGACAGCAACAACGAUGACCAGGAAACAGAAAAAGAAACGAACGAUAAUAAGAGAGCCGACUCGGGGGCAAAUAAAAAAAAAACGAGGAAGAAUUAUUCAUACGCAGCGUACCUGUUUAAUCACGUCGUGUGUAACGAGGCCCUCUCGCAAAUUGAAGAAAAAUCAGAUGAGAAAGGCGGCCCCCAGCAGACGAACGAUCCGAGGAGGAACGACAAGUCUGCCUCCUCCAACUGGAGAGGGAAGGCCAAGCUGUACACACGAAAUGGCAGUGUGCACAGGAGGGAAAUGUUCAGGAUGGACAGGCAGGACGGAAGGAGGAUGGACAGGCAGGACGGAAGGAGGAUGGACAGACAGGACGGAAGGAGGAUGGACAGACCGGACGGAAAGAGGAUGGACAGACCGGACGGAAAGAGGAUGGACAAACGGAUUGAAAAAAAGGGUACUACCCAUAUGUAUGCUGGGAAUAGUAAAGGCUAUGUGUUUCACGGGAAGGGAAAAUACAACUUUAGCUACUUCCACACCAAGAAGAGGUUGGCUGUAGAUCGGGAUGAGGCAGUCGGUAGGCAGAGGUUUGGAGGGGGGGCUCAGGGUGCACAUCGAGCAGGGAGGUACGAAGAAGAAGCGGAGGGAGAGGAGGGCCACACGGGUGAUGACAUAGAGGGUGAAGAGGGUGAAGAGGAAGAAGAGGGCGAAGAGGAAGAAGAGGGCGAAGAGGAAGAAGACGGCGCAGGGGACGAAGACGACGAAGCGGGCGAAGACGACGCAGGGGACGAACAGGACGAUAAGCCCCACUUUGCUAAACGGCGGCGCGCCCGCCGUGAGGGGCACCCACCCGAUGGCGGCGGAACAAACCAACUAGCACGUAGAAGAAAAAGGCUGAUGCCCAGUAAAGUACCUACAACGAGCGAAGAAAUGGAGAAAAAAAACACCAGAAGUGACAGCACGUUGAGCAACACCCGAAUAGUGGAACACCUAACCUCGAGAGAUAUAGCAAAGACGCUUCUCUCAAUCGGAUUUAACAUGGCCGAUCUGAGGAGAAUGAGUCGAAGUGAUCAAAUAAGUAAGCUGAAGACAUGUAUCCGAAACGGGAGAGUAAAUUCUCAAAAUAAAAUUAUCUACACCUGCAUGGUGAAAAAACUCAUAAUGGAACAGUUCAAGUAUUUGCAUGUACCUGUUCAUUUGAAGAUGAACAAUAACAUGUUGUAUCUGAGUGAGAGGAGAGGGAUGACAGACAGGGAUCACCUGGGUGGUUCUUCCUUCAAUGGCUCCCCGCAUGGGUGUCGUAACAACAACCCUUUGGUAAGCGACUCCAAGUGGCUGAGCCAAGUGGAGAAUCGAUACCCAAACGAAGACUACACAAAGCUGUACAUACAUAGUAAGAGGAAGCGGGAUGAGAAGAAUCGAAUUAAAUUAUUGAGGAGCUUUUUUCAAUCCCCUUCCAGUGACGCCGAGGAGUAUGCCUCCUUGUUCUUCUCCUCCUCCUCAUCGUCAGACACGACUGAUAGUUCAUCAGAUUCCAGCUCAGACGAGAGUUCCCCCCUUGUUGGGGAGGCAACCCCACUAGGGAAGACCAAACAGAAGGAUGGGAGCCCCCACGUUGGGGGUAAGCACAAGCGGGGAGGCCGCGGAUGGGACGAUGAACAAUCGGAUGAGGAGGAAGAGAAGAAGCAUUUGGAAGUGAUAAGGGAAAUACAAACGAAGAGAGACAAUCUCGAGGAUGACAAAAAUAAUUAUAAAAUGGUGCACUGUCUCAAAUGGACGAGGGUGUAUGUAGGCAGGAGUGACCACAACGAUGGAGUUAGUGGCCACGGCAGUUCACAAUUUCAGAGGUUUGAACAAGCCAAAGGAGGAUGGGAUGAAAACCACAAAGGGGGAGAGGGUACCCUAAACCAGGCAGGUAACCCUUUGCAUACGUUUCCUCAUCCGGGAAAGACAAAAGAGUCAUUAGACAGUGGUAGACGAGGAGAUAAGAGAGACCAAGCCAUGUUGAAACACCCCGUGAAGGAGAUGGAAAAUCUGCUCCUGGAUGAAAAAGCCAAAGUCGAGAGGGUCCAUACUCUAUACAUAUAUGGAGAAAAAAAUAUCAACACUUUUUUGCGGUGGAAAAGCUUUAGAUCUGUGGUCAAAAAAUACUUUACUCUGGUGCAUGCAAAUUAUAUGAAUGAACAUACCAUGGGAGAGGAAGGAACCAUGAGAGAUAAGGUCACUCAGAGGGACAAUGCACCCGGGAAUAGGGGUCCUCAUCUACAUGGUGACGAUGAUGUAGAUGGAAGUCUCGGAAAGGACAAUCCAUUCUCCAACAAAGUCAAGAAAAGAAGGCAUAGGAGACGUAGGCGAGGAAUGGAACUCGAAGGAGAAGGAGGAGGGAUGACAACAGCUUCCAUAUAUGCUGCACCCACCUUCAAGAAUAUCCUUCGUAUCUUCCCCACUAUCGGAGAGGAAUUAAAAACAUGGCACUCGGGAAAAAAACAAACAAAUAAAAAUGACCUAAAACUGGAGAAGAAGAAAAAGAGAAGGAGCAAACUAAUGAAUGAGAGUAACAAUAAAGGAAAGGAAAGGAAGAAACGAAAAAGGGGAGAGUUCUAUGUUGAUGCGAACACCAGCGUGGGGAAACGCUUGGGGAGAAAGUACGUCAAUACAAAUUAUUCUGUCAAUAUAAAGAUGCACAAAUCGAUGCAUACAUCUGUUUCUAUGGCAGCAUCGAGACGUAGGGGGUUGUAUCCUUUGUCGAUUGAUCAGGCUGCCCAGGUGGCUUUGCAAAAAAGGGGAAAGAGGAGGAGACGAAGAACUGUCACUGCUGCUGCGUUGAAUGGGAAAAUGCAAAACUCCAGGAGGGGAUUCUCCAGCGACGUUACCAAUGAGGAAGACCAAAUGGGGGAGGAGACCGCUGGAGAAGUGGAGGGAGAAACGGACGAAUGGGACGAGGCGGAAGAAGCCGCAGCGGAGGAAGAGGCUGCGGCAGAGGAAGAGGCCGCAGCAGAGGAAGAGGCUGCAGCAGAGGAAGAAGCUGCUGCGUAUGAUGAAGCUGCGGAAUAUGCCGAGAUGAGAGAGAUCAACGAAGCGCGCAAGAGAAAGCAACUGCGGAGCCAGUUGACCAAGAGCAACAGCUCGUUGACGCUUUCGUUGAAGGAUGAAGGGGAGGAUGCACAUCGAACGGGUAAAAAAAGGAGGAGAGGAAGGGAAGAACUAGAAAAGGGAAGCGACAGGAGAGCCGAAAGGGGAGACCUCACAGAGCAGUCGAAAGACCAGCACGAGCAACACCUCACUCCCAGCAUGACUCACACAGCCGAAAAGGGAGUCAGAAGAAGCACGAGCAUAUUAUCAGACGGCAGUGCAAACCUUGCGAUCGGAUCGAAUGAAAAAAAUGGUACAGAAAGCGCAAGAAAAAAAAUGAAAAAAGGAAACACAUACAAUAAUAUAAAGGAAGUCAUCGAAAGGUUUAAUGAGCUUCUCAUGUCCAUCAUGUCAAGCAUUGCAGAAGUGAUGAACUACAAAGCCUUCCUCAACGAAGUGAACGAAAGUUACGCCCCCAUGUACUACACAAUUAUUAAAAAACCCAUGUACAUAAACAAAAUAAUUUUUCGGUGUAAAAAAAGGAAGUACAACAGUUUAAAUGUAUUUUUUGACGACGUGAAUCUGAUCGUGAGCAACUGCAAGCUGUAUAACACCCCCACGUCGGUCAGUGCCUACCUCUGUGUCAUCGUGGAUAACAUGCUUCUCGACAUCGUUAAUAAAGUCAGGUCCGAUGAAAACCUACAGAAUUACAAUAAUAUUCUCAUCGAGCACUUUUACAAGAACAAAAGUUUGAAUAACACGUGGGAGAGCCUCAGCAUGGCCGGGGUGGGAAGUCAGCAUAGCGGCGGGGUAGGAGGUCUCCACAGCGGUGGGGUAGGAAGUCACCACAGCGGGGGGGUAGGAAGUCAGCAUAGCGGUGGGGUGGGAAGCCACCAUGGCGGAGGGGAAGCAAAUCACCAUGGCGGGGGGGAGGCAAAUCACCAUAGCGGGGGCGGCCUAACCGUUGCGAACAACUCCGUGCCACCCGUACACAUGGACUCCAACGAGAUGAACUCGAAGGACGCGCCGGCAGGGGAGGGCAAGUGA